AUGAAGGCCGCCACCAUCGCUUCUGUCGCCAUUCUUUUUGGUGCUUCGCUCGUGACCGCUUCUCCUCUCGCCCGUCGCGACGCGGCCCAGAUUCAGGCCAGCGUGACCCGCCUCGCCGGAGAGGCGACGACCGCAGCCGAGGGAACAGGCGCUUGCGCUGCUCCUUGCUCUGCCUGGCUCAAAGCCUCGACGGCAAGUGUUCUAUUACGCCCAAUCUGCACGCAGAGCGCAAACGGCGACCAGGGCAAGAUCGUCUCAUGCGCUUGCGAGUCGUCGGCGCUCUCCGCCAUGUCGACCUGCGCGACCUACGACCUCUCCGCCGGCGGAGCUACCGCCACGGGUGGCACGUCGGCCGCAAAGACCGCUGCACCCUUGGCUAGCGGCUCGGCAGGCAACACGACGCAGCCCACGUUCGACAGCGGUAACGGCGCCGGCAAGUUUGGCGUCUCGCUCGUCGCCCUCGGUCUCGUCGGUGUCGCUGGUCUCGUCUGA